ACAGACAUGAAAAAGCUAGGCACCAAGCUAAAGCCAUGCAAGGAACUGAUGAACAGCGCUAUCGAAAACGUGAUUUGCCAAAAACUACAAACAAGUGCCAGUGUCCGUGUGGAGAAAAAUGCAAAGAUGACAUUCAACUUCAGGUGCACAGGAGAAGUCCCCUCUGUCCCCUGAAUGCUAUGAAAAAAGGAACCACUUCAGCAGAAAUAGCUCGCAGCAAACACAAUUUUGGAUUUCAAAGCUCGAAGACGUUGACUCUUGAUUUUGUUUCUGAUUCACAUUAUCGUGAGUCUCAAUCCCGUCUUGAAUCCCCCCCUCCACAUCGUGAUUCCCCAUCCCGCCGCCUGGAGUCGCCACCUCCAUUCCUUGAAUCACCAACGAAACGUUGUGUCUCACCACCCCCACAUGGAGACGAAGCUACAAAAGAUCUUACACACAAACAAACCACGAGACCGAUCGAAAAUAGAAUUCUCCAAAACAGUCUUGACCAACAUCAGCAGAGACGCGAAAAGCCAAUACAAGUAUUCAGAUGUAGGCAUUGUGAGAAGUCAUUUAAAACUCAAGAGAAAUUGAAGUCUCACAUGGAACCGAACGAUUGCGGUGAAGAUGCGUUUGUGGCUAAAUGCCAGGAAUAUUCUGGAGCAACUGGAAAGGAGAAAAAGGCAUCUGCCGAAAAUUGUCGGUCAACUACUCUAAAACAAAUUCAGCCACCUGGGGCAAAGUCUCCGCCAUCUAGGGUAAUGUCUCCACAAAUACCUCCACCAAAUAGGGUAAUGUCUCCACAAAUACCUCCACCAAAUAGAGUAAUGUCUCCACAAAUACCUCCAACAAAUAGGGUAAUGUCUCCACAAAUGCCUCUACAAUCUGGGGUAAUGUCUCAGCCAUCUACGGAAGGACAUCGUACACAAACUUUUAGAUGCAAAUGUGAUAAAGUCUUUGCCCAGAAGGAAAAACUGGACAAGCAUAAAACUGAAGGCAACUGUGAAGUCCUGAAAUCGAGCAAGAAGCAACACGAUUCAGAAUCAUCAAGUUAUUUAAACGAAAGACCUGCCGGUGUAUUCCGAUGCAGCGAGUGUUCUAAACCGUUUCUGAACGAGCAAGCGUUAGAUCGGCACAUCUCAGCGAUGCACAAGUGACAUAACCAACAAAGGUGAUUAUCAGGGACGUCAAGUUGGAUUGGCAGGAUAGAGCGUUUCCUAUGUAAUUUGCAACGUACUGUGGCGCCUCCAGUGAUCCUUUAUCC